AUGAUCGUUGCUGCAUCUUCGACUGGAUCGUCCGUGCGAAACCGCUUCCCCUUCCGAACGCGCUUUGCGAGGCGGAACGCACCGAAGGUCCGGACCGUGGGAGGGGUGCACAAAGCUCCCAAACUGCACCCUCGGGUGCACCGGAACUUGCCGACCGAGCGCUGCCCAGUGGUGUUCGCAGUUGUCACUCCUCCGUGCGGCCGAUCGUCGUCGCGAAGAACGACGGCAACACGCUGUUCUCUUCCGCGCUGGAUCGCGACGAACCGUCUUCGCUUCCUCACAGAGAUCAUUCUACGUUUGGCUCCCAGACGACGCCGGAGGUCCUGGACCCUCGUGAUGGAAACCCAGGAGACGAGGAGAAAGGGAGAGGAAGAGAACACGAAAAGGAAGGGAGAAGAAAAGGAGGCGAGAAGGGAAGGAGGAGAGGAAGAGACCAGAAGGAAGAAUGACAUGAACGUCUGGCCCAUCGUUCUGGUCGUCAUACUGGGCGUGAGUUACAUGGCAUUCUCGGAUCGAGGAGGGAUGAGCAAGUAUUCGCGGCUCUUUCGCCGUUACUUCCUCAUCCCUGGGGAAUCCUUGGAGAUCCACGUCCACCGCCCCCCCUUCCAGGAAGUCGAGGAUCCGGGCUAUGGCUCCGCCUGGUGCAAUCCCCAUCACAUCUUUGGCAUGAAGCGACCCCUUUGUCAAUUUCGAAAUCUCUGCUAUUCCGCCGAUCCGAAGAGACGGGGAUUCGCGUUUUUCGUGGGACGGAAGUCCAGUCUAGACAGCCUCCCGAGUCCGGAGGAGACCGAGGAAUAUUUCCACAUCUCCUUGGAUCCCAACGCUCACCGCCCGUACCCGACUGAGCGGUAUCCUCACGACGAGGAGACCUUGAAGAGAUUCCGAUUUCGAUUCUUCAACGGUUCCGUUCUCCUUCUCCAUCGGAGCGCCGAAGACGGAUUCCAUCUCUCAACUUCCUUCCACAACGACCUCAUGCCGCUCUACUUCACCUUGCAAGAACUGUGCGUUGGAGACGUGGAAAAGUGUUCUCGAUCGUACACCCUAUUCCUGGUCGACGACGGGGACUUGGAUCCCGCAGACGAGUACCUGUACAGACCUUUCGCCGACGCCGGAGUGAUUUUGGGGGGAGAUCUGUCGGAAGACGCGGACGGGAACACGUUCUACUGCUUCCGCAAGGCGUACGCCGGUCUCUCGGAUCACAGCUUCUUUUACGACUUCGGGAAUUCCAAGCGAUCGGAAUCCCCGAUCGAAGCCCUGGUGACGGGGUUCGACGUCCAACACUUCAACGAGUAUCUCGUGAAACGUCUCUGUCGACUCGAUCCGUGGAAUCGGUAUUGCGACGGAAAGCACCGAUGCGGACAGAUGGAGGAACAUUCCGUCGUUCUCCUCCGUGAAUCCAACGGGAGGAUCCUCAACGAGGGGGAAGUCCGGGACACGAUGGAGCGGAUCUUCACCGACUAUUUUCCUAAGUUCGACGGAGUGAAAGUGCUGGACGUGAGCGGGGAUCCGAGAGACUAUUUCCUGGAGGUCGCGUGUACCGUUCGGAACGCCAAGCUCCUCGUGGCGUACCACGGACAGGCCCUGACCUUUUCCACUUUCUUGAAACAGGGAAGCGGGCUCUUGGAACUGUUGCCUUGGGAGGCCGAGUCGGGUCCCUCCAGACUCUUCUAUCGAAGUCUGGCCGAAUUACGAGGAAAAGACGUAUUUUACAGAUCCUGGAUCGCUCCCGGGCCCGACAGCCACCCGGGGUGGGAGGCGAAACAUUCCAAAUCUCUUCCCUAUCGCGCGAACUUUGACGUCUCGGUGGACAUGACCUCAUUUCAGGUCGUCCUCCAUCAACUGCUCUCGAAAAUGACCCAUUAUCGACCCAUGACGCCCUUGAUGGCCGCCAACGUUCAGCAUCCCAUCGUCCCCGGAAAAGUGUUCACGUUCUCUCAUCAAGCGACCGAUCCGAAGACGCUCACCGUCGAAUGGGAGGAACCUUGGAACGUCAAGUACCUGGAAUACGAAACCGUCGGAUACGAAAUCAUCCUCGUUCCCGAGAACGACUUGAACACGUCGAAGAGGAACUUCACCUACGUCACCGAAAGGAAGAUGACGUACACCGACGCAGAUAACAUGUUGAAUCAAGUGGUUUUCAUCCAUUGCGUCUUGGAUCGGUUCGUUCCGAACGGGGAGAGAAGAGGCCCACAGUGGUUUUACGCCAUCCCGGCGCGAGUGGGCGACGAUUGA